CCUAACUCUAACUCUCUUGCCUUUACCUCCCAAGUGCUAGGAUUGCAAGUGUGUCUUUUUUCCCCUGGAAAAAAGUUCUGGAGCUUGCUGUAUAGACCAGGCUGGCCUUGAACUCACAGUGCUCCACUUGCCUCUGCCUUCCCAGUGCUAGCAUCAAAGCUGUGUUGGUUCUGUUCUCUUCUCCACACAAUCCUUUUUGCUCAGCCUCACAAACCUUGGGAUUCCAGUUGAGUCGUCGUAACGAGCUGUUGUAUUGUAUACAGUAGGAGAAAAAUAUGUCUUGGCGUGUUUUUAAAUUACAUUCAUUGUGUGUCCGCCCACACGAAUUUGCAGGAAUCGGUUCUCAUUCUGGGUCCCAGAGACUGAACCCAGGUCAUCGGGCUUAGCGGCGUGUAUCUUCGCUCGCCCUGCCGCUAUCUAGCCAUUCAUUACCCAGCGAAAGGGACAGCAGUGGGAUCUGGAAGCCGCGCGCCCCAGAGUGAGGUGGAGGUAGGCGUCGGUUGCCAUGGUUCCCUGUAGCCCGCAGGUCACGUGAUUCGAGACAUCAUGGCGCUGUCCUCUGUGGUCUCAGCCCACGUGGUUCCGGGGCCGGAAAUGGCGGCGGCAGGCAGCCCGGCUUCGCUGGAGUCCGCUCCGCGGAUCAUGCGGCUGGUGGCUGAGUGCAGUCGCUCCGGGGCCCGGGCGGGCGAGCUGCGGCUGCCUCAUGGCACUGUGGCCACCCCGGUGUUCAUGCCGGUGGGAACACAGGCCACCAUGAAGGGCAUCACCGCGGAGCAGCUGGACAGCCUGGGCUGCCGCAUCUGCUUGGGCAACACCUACCACCUGGGGCUGAGGCCGGGCCCGGAGCUGAUCAGGAAGGCCCAGGGCCUCCACGGCUUCAUGAACUGGCCCCACAAUCUGCUGACGGAUAGCGGCGGCUUCCAGAUGGUGUCUCUGUUCUCCCUGUCCGAGGUGACCGAGGAGGGCGUCCGCUUCCGCUCGCCCUACGACGGCGAAGAGACACUCUUGAGCCCAGAGAGGUCUGUGGAGAUCCAGAACGCGCUGGGCUCUGACAUCAUCAUGCAGCUGGACGACGUUGUGAGCAGCACAGUGACAGGCCCUCGAGUGGAGGAGGCCAUGCACAGGUCGGUCCGCUGGCUAGACAGAUGCAUCGCAGCCCAUAAGCAUCGGGACAAGCAGAACCUGUUUGCCAUCAUCCAGGGUGGACUGAAUGCCGAUCUGCGGACCACUUGCCUGAAAGAGAUGACCAAGAGGGAUGUGCCGGGCUUCGCCAUUGGAGGUCUGAGUGGGGGAGAGAGCAAGGCACAGUUCUGGAAGAUGGUGGCAUUAAGCACCUCCAUGCUGCCCAAAGACAAGCCGAGAUACCUGAUGGGGGUUGGCUAUGCCACCGAUUUGGUGGUCUGCGUGGCUCUUGGAUGUGACAUGUUCGACUGUGUGUACCCCACACGGACAGCGCGCUUUGGCUCUGCUCUUGUGCCCACUGGGAACCUGCAGUUGAAGAAGCAGCAGUACUCCAAGGAUUUCAGUCCCAUAAACUCCGAGUGUCCCUGUCCCACCUGCCGAAAGCACAGCCGCGCCUUCCUGCACGCCCUGCUGCACAGCGACAACACCGCAGCCCUGCACCACCUGACCGUGCACAACAUUGCCUACCAGCUGCAGCUGCUAGGCGCCCUGCGGAGCAGCAUCGUGGAGCAGCGCUUUCCUGACUUUGUGCGAAACUUCAUGCGCACCAUGUAUGGGGACCACAGCCUGUGUCCUGCCUGGGCUGUUGAAGCACUGGCCUCCGUGGGAAUCACACUCACAUGACCUGGCUGCCCGAGGAGGGAUGCUGGGCUUUAGCAGACCUGGGUACCACCUUCUGUCAGCUGCCUUCCAGAGUGUCCAUUGCGCCAGCCUCCUCACUGGACUCCCUGCUCAGACACAUCUGUGGCUCGAAGCAUCAAAUUACUACUGAGUAAUCGUUUCAUCCUGGCACGGUGGUGCAUGGCCAUAAUCCCUAAAGUCAAGAGGCUGGGGCAGGAGGAUUGGGAGUUCCAGGACAGCCUGGGCUACAUAGUAAGGGUCAGCCUGAGCUACACAGACUGACUCAAGUAAACAAAACCACCAGCUGGGACCCUGGCCUAUAAAAGAGCUCUUUGUUCAUAAUAAA